AUGAGGAAAUAUAUAGGUUUAUUCACACUUGAAUAUCCAAUCAAUCAUUGUGAUGUAGCUUUAUAAUUAAGUAAAUAAAUUGUUCAAAUUUAAAGAUUAAAAAUUAAUUUUGCAUAGUGAUACUUUAGUAUUUGAUGAAAGAAUAUCUAAUGGUGGAUAAUUAAAUAUAAAGCUUAUGCCCACUAAUAUAAUCUCUUAUUUAUACACAGAAGAUGGAUAGUAUGUAAAAAAAUAUAAAUAUUGUUUAAGUGUACAAAAUUAUAUCAUUUCUAUUAAGAAAUUUGGUCAUUUUUAUUAAAUUAUGAUUAUGUUUCUUUGAACAUAUAAGUAUUAGAUAUAACACAGUAUAACUAUAUAGUUCAAUUUAAAGUUUAUUUACUUGAAAAAUCAUUUAAAGAAUAAGAAAAGAUAAUUAGUUAAAUUAAAAAAGUUGAUUAAAAUGAAAAAGAUUCAAAAAAAGAGAAAGCUAAAUAGAAAUUAGUACAUUAAUAUGCAAAAGAAUCAUUUAUUAUUUUAUUUGAAAUUCUAAAUCUUAAAAUUUCAUAGAGAGCAUCUUUAAGACCUAAUGAAGAAACAUAAUAUUUAGAUUAAUUUUUAGUUGAAAAAUUUGGUAAUCUCGAAUUUUAUGAGUAUACAUAUCUUUCUAAGAAUCUCCUUAUUCCACGUAAUCUCAACAAAAAUUAAGUUAAUGUUACUAAAGAGAAAAUAAUAAAAAUUAAAAAAUAAGUAAAACCAGAUGAUGAAGAAGGAUAAAUUUAAAUUGAAUAAUAAGAAAAUGAUACUAAUUUAUUUAGUGUUAAUGAAUAAUAAUCAUAUUAAUUUACUUUAUGUAAAUAACCAGAAGAUUUAAAAAAUAUAUUAUUUAAUUAUUAAGCUUAAGCAAUUUAAUGGAUGUUAUAUCGUGAACACAGAAUUAGUGCUUAAACAUUAAAUUUACAGAAUUAAUAAUAGAGUUUAAAUAAAAUGUGGAGUGAAAUAUAAAUUAGUGAUGAUAUUAAUAUUUAUUUCAACGAAUUUACUGGUCAAUUUUCAGAAAAAGUUGUAGCUUACAAAGAUGUAAAAGGUGGUAUUUUAGCAGAUGCAAUGGGUCUAGGAAAAACUAUUUGUUCUAUAGCUUUAAUAUUAUUGGUAAAGGAAAUGAAAUAAUAAUAAUUGAAUGAUAAUAAUUAAGAACCAUAAGGAAAAAAAGUAAAAUUAGAAAAAUAGAAUGGUAAUACACUUUUGGUUGUUGAAUUAAGUGUAUUUGAACAUUGGAUAGAAGAGAUUGAGAGACAUACUAAAUAAAAUAAAUUAGAAGUUUAUUAAUAUUAUAAACCUUAAUCUAGAGUAAAAGAAAUUCAAUUAGAAGUUUAUGAUAUAGUAAUUACAACAUAUGGAGUACUUAAAAAAGAUUGUACUAAAAAUGGAUUAUUAUACAAGUAUGAAUGGGAAAGAAUCAUUUUGGAUGAAGCACAUGUGAUUAAAAGUAAAAGUACAGCUUGUGCAAAAGCUGCAUCUUCUAUAUAAGCUAAAUGUAGAUGGUGUCUAACAGGAACUCCAAUUUAAAAUCAUUUAGAAGAUUUAUAUAGUCUUUUUCAUUUUUUAUAAGUUGAAACUUUCUCAGAUUAUUAUUGGUUCAAUCAUUAUAUCAAUAAAUAAUAAGAUAAAGCAGCCAAAUUCAAUUUAUUACAUGAAAUUCUUAAGCCUCUUUUAUUAAGAAGAACUAAAUAAUCAGAAUCAAUUAAAUCUUCAUUAAAUUUACCAAGUAAGCAACAUUUCAUUUUUAGAGUAAAAAUGUCAAAACAAGAACAAAAAUGUAUUUUUUAUUAUAAAUAAUUAAGUUUAUGAUACCUUAUAUUUAAAUACUUGUAAAUAUAUAAAAGAAUAUUUUGGGAUUGGAUUGGAAUAGAAAAAAAAGAAGAUUCGAUAUAUGCAUGCAUUUUAAUUGCUUUCUUCACUUAGAUAAUGUUGUGAUCAUGUAGGACUAAUAGCAAAUAAACUUAGAAAUAAGGCUAUGCAAAAGAUAGUAGCAACAAAAUAAAAAUCUGAGUAAUUAAUUAAAUAAUUUAUUGAAAAUGCUCAAUAAAAUUUGGAAAAAAGUUUAAAAGCUUAAAUUCUAUAAUUAUAAUAGAAACAAGAAACAGCUGCUAAUCAAAAUUAAAUAGAAGAAAUUGAAGAAGAUGAUGAUUUUUCUAUUGAGGAUUAAUUUUCAGAAAAUUCAUCAACUGCAGAUGAAUCUAAAUCUUUAUUAGAUAUAAAUUAAAUUGAAAAUGAUUUAAGAAAUAAAAUUUAAUAUUUAGAUAAAGUAUAAAUGGAUAUAUAAUCUCCUGAAUUUGCUUAGAAAUAAUAUCAAAGUAUAUUUGAGAAGGUGAAGAAUGAUGACUGUGUUAUAUGCACAAUUCCUCUAAGGGAAAAAAAUAUAAUAUAUUAUUUAAGUUGUGGCCAUGUAUUUUGUUCUUGUAUAGAAGAUGUAUUUAAAAAUAAAAAUGAAAUUAUUCCUUGCCCUAUUUGUAGAUAAGAAAUUGAAUAAAAAGGUAAAAUUAAAUUAUAUUAAAAUCUCCAAAAAAUUUAAGAAGAAUAGCUUUAAAAAUAAAAUAUUUAAGAAGAAACCAAUGUGCCUAAUUAACAAGAAUGGUAUUAAGAAAGUUCAAAAAUAAAUGAAAUUCUUAAAUAUAUAGAAUAUGUUUGGAAAAGCAAUGAAAAAGUUGUUGUUUUUACUUAAUGGUUAAGUAUUAUGAAUUUCAUUGAAGGUAAGUUAAGAAUAAAAGGAAUAGAAUUCAGGAAAAUUUAAGGAAAGAUGGAUAAAAAUUAAAGAAAAGCAUCUAUUAAAGAUUUUUUUGAAAAAUAGAUAACUGUAAUGUUAAUAUCAUUAAAGGCAGGAGCUUAUGGUAUUAAUCUUAGUUGUGCAAAUCAUGUUUUGCUAGUUGAUCCUUGGUGGAAUCCAGCUGUAGAGUAUUAAUUAAAUAUAAUUUUAGGGAUCAAGCUGUAGAAAGAGUACAUAGAUUAGGACAACAAAAAUAAGUUAAGAUAGUUAGUUUUAUUUGUGAAAAUACUAUAGAAGAAAGAGUUUUAUAAAUGCAUUAAAAGAAAAGACAAUUAUUUAAGGAUGCAUUGCAAUUAAAAUUUAAUGAUCAUGAAGAGUUUAGUUUUUAAGAUUAGAUUGAAUUUGUUAUGAAUUAAAAAAUGGACUCUUGA